CCCUUCAAUGACUCCAUGCCCUUCCAUGACUCCAUCCCCUUCCAUGACUCCAUGCCCUUCCAUGACUUCAUCCCCUUCCAUGACUCCAUCCCCUUCCAUGACUCCAUGCCCUUCCAUGACUCCAUCCCCUUCCAUGACUCCAUCCCCGUCCAUGACUCCAUCCCCGUCCAUGACUCCUUCCCCUUCCAUGACUCCAUGCCCUUCCAUGACUCCAUGCCCUUCCAUGACUCCAUCCCCUUCCAUGUCUCCAUGCCCUUCCAUGACUCCAUGCCCUUCCAUGACUCCAUCCCCUUCCAUGACUCCAUCCCCUUCCAUGACUCCAUCCCCUUCCAUGACUCCAUGCCCUUCCAUGACUCCAUGCCCUUCCAUGACUCCAUCCUCUUCCAUGACUCCAUGCCCUUCCAUGACUCCAUCCCCUUCCAUGACUCCAUCCCCUUCCAUGACUCCAUGCCCUUCCAUGACUCCAUGCCCUUCCAUGACUCCAUGCCCUUCCAUGACUCCAUCCCCUUCCAUGACUCCAUCCCCUUCCAUGACUCCAUCCCCUUCCAUGACUCCAUGCCCUUUCCAUACUCCAUGACUCCUGCCCUUCCAUGACUUCAUCCCCUUCCAUGACUCCAUCCCCUUCCAUGACUCCAUGCCCUUCCAUGACUCCAUCCCCUUCCAUGACUCCAUCCCCGUCCAUGACUCCAUCCCCGUCCAUGACUCCUUC